AUGGGCGACUGGGGCUUCCUUGAGAAGCUGCUAGACCAGGUCCAGGAGCACUCGACCGUGGUGGGCAAGAUCUGGCUGACGGUCCUUUUCAUCUUCCGCAUUCUCAUCCUGGGCCUGGCCGGCGAGUCGGUGUGGGGCGAUGAGCAGUCGGAUUUCGAGUGUAACACGGCCCAGCCAGGCUGCACCAAUGUCUGUUACGACCAGGCCUUCCCCAUCUCCCACAUCCGCUACUGGGUGCUGCAGUUCCUCUUCGUGAGCACGCCCACCCUGGUCUACCUGGGCCACGUCAUCUACCUGUCUCGGCGCGAGGAGCGGCUGCGGCAGAAGGAGGGCGAGCUCCGGGCGCUGCCGGCCAAGGACCCACGCGUGGAGCGGGCGCUGGCAGCCAUAGAGCGACAGAUGGCCAAGAUCUCGGUGGCGGAGGACGGCCACCUGCGGAUCCGCGGGGCGCUGAUGGGCACCUAUGUGGCCAGCGUGCUCUGCAAGAGCGUGCUGGAGGCGGGCUUCCUGUACGGCCAGUGGCGCCUCUAUGGCUGGGCCAUGGAGCCCGUCUUCGUGUGCCAGCGCUCACCCUGCCCCUACCUCGUAGACUGCUUUGUCUCUCGCCCCACGGAGAAGACCAUCUUCAUCAUCUUCAUGCUGGUGGUCGGACUCAUCUCCCUGGCGCUCAACCUGCUGGAGCUGGCGUACCUGCUGGGCCGCUGCCUCAGCCGGGGGCUGAGGGCCCGGCAGCGCCAGGACGCGCCCCCAGCCCCGGGCACCUCCUCCGAGCCUUACGCCGACCAGGUCUUCUUCUACCUCCCCAUGGGCGAGGGGCCCUCGUCCCCGCCAUGCCCCACCUACAACGGGCUCUCGUCCAGUGAGCAGAACUGGGCCAACCUGACUACGGAGGAGAGGCUGGCUUCUUCCAGAGCCCCCCUCUUCCUGGACCCACCCCCCCAGACUGGCCGGAAAUCCCCCAGUCGCCCCAGCAGCUCUGCUUCCAAGAAACAGUAUGUGUAA